UCAUUUUCUCUUUUGGGAGAGGUGGGAAAAAGAUUCAACCUUUGUCUAAGAAAAGAAAAACAAAAAAGAUGCUUAAUCUGUUUCUUUUGUUCCUCUCUUCAAGGAUUAACAUAUCAAUGAUGCCCGGGUUUUAGUACCUAAACAUCUCUUUUGUCUUGUCUUAGAAAAACCUCCUCAAGCAACUACAGUAGAUCGAACAUCACUCAGAUUUCUCUCUGUUUGUCUCUUUCUCUCUGCAUAAGCUAAGGAGCGAUGUCGGCGUGCAUCAAUGGCUUAUGCAGAGCCGUAACAGUGUCGCUUCUCCUACAUCUUUUUCCCUUCUCCUUCUUCUUCUCUUUUUCCUCAGCUUGCUCUAAUGGAAAUUGCCAGAUGCUGGAUUCAUGUUCCUCAGCCACUGAUUGUGUCCCAGGUUUAUAUUGUGGAGACUGUCCUGCCGUUGGGAGAAGUAAACCCGUCUGCACAAGAGGCCAAGCCACAAGUCCAACUUCCAUUAUAAAUGGAUUGCCUUUUAACAAGUAUACAUGGUUGAUGACUCAUAAUGCCUUUAGCAAUGCAAAUGCACCGCCUUUGCCAGGUGUUGAGAGGAUUACAUUUUACAAUCAAGAAGAUACCAUUACUAAUCAGCUGCAAAAUGGCGUUAGAGGGCUAAUGCUGGAUAUGUAUGACUUCAACAACGAUAUCUGGCUUUGCCAUUCCCUUCGAGGGCAAUGUUUUAACUUCACCGCUUUUCAACCUGCAAUUAACACACUGAGGGAAGUUGAGACAUUUCUGAGUCAGAACCCAACAGAGAUUGUUACUAUCAUAAUUGAAGAUUAUGUGCACAGGCCUAAAGGCUUAUCAACUCUGUUUGCGAACGCUGGUUUGGACAAAUACUGGUUUCCUGUUUCGAAAAUGCCCAAAAAGGGAGAAGAUUGGCCUACUGUGACUGAUAUGGUGCAAGAGAAUCAUAGACUCCUGGUUUUCACUUCUGUUGCUGCGAAAGAAGAUGAAGAAGGUGUAGCUUAUCAAUGGAGAUACAUAGUUGAAAAUGAGUCUGGGGAUCCCGGGGUGAAGCGAGGUUCUUGUCCUCACAGAAAAGAGUCACAACCUUUAAACUCAAAAAGUUCAUCGCUUUUCUUGAUGAAUUACUUCCCGACAAUUCCGAUUGAGAAAGACGCUUGCAAGGAGCACUCAGCUCCACUUGCUGAGAUGGUUGGGACUUGUCUCAAGUCAGGAGGGAAUAGAAUGCCAAACUUUCUAGCUGUUAACUUCUACAUGAGAAGUGAUGGAGGCGGCGUUUUUGAAAUUCUGGAUAGAAUGAAUGGACCGGUACUUUGCGGCUGUCAGACUCUUGCGGCUUGCCAGCCAGGGGCAGCUUAUGGUUCAUGCAAAAAUGUUACUCUACAGACAAGAACUCCAAACAUGGAUUCAACAGCUGGAAGUUACUCAGGUGGAAGCUACUCAGGUUCAGUUCAGUUCUCAAAAUCCUUAGCUUCUGCAGUCUAUCCACGAAACACCGUUGUUGUCUUCUGCUUCUCAUGGCUUCCAUUGCUGAUUUUUCUACUAUGACACACCCAAUUAAACCAUUUGGAGAGAUUCUUAGGUUAGAGAAUCUUGAUCACUUCUUUAGGACGAAUGAGAGAUCCUAAGUUCAGGAAACAUGAGCUGCCUUAGAAAACGUGCCCGAUUUUAUUCUUGCAUUGUAGACUGCAGAGUUAUAGGCAGAAAUCUUAUGUAUGUGUGUCUUCAGCUUCUGUUGAAUGUUAUGCAACUUAUAUAUAUAUAUAUAGACACAAUUCUACUCCAAUAGAAACUUUACUGAAUAAUUUUUAUA